AAGAAUUGAAGACGCUAUAGUAUUCUGCCUGCCCGGAGAAUCUUAAAGAGCUUGGGUGAGGCUCCUGUUCCAAAACUAUCCACAGCUCGCUACUUUUGCACUUUUCCUUCGAUCUGCAAAUCUUUGCGUCUGCUCUAAGAGACUUUGAUGAGGUUCUAGUUUGUUCUUUUCUCGCCUUCCUGCCUGCACCGUCUCAAGGGCGAUGUUGUCACUCUUUGCCAGGUCUGCUCUCAAAACACACAGGGGAUUGGGGCCCUGGAGCCAUACAGUCAUCCGAGCCAUGUCGUCAUCCGAUGGUCCCACGCCUCCUUACACCACCCUGGCCAUCAGCCACCCAACUCCGACGAUCACACACGUGGAGCUGCACCGCCCCUCAAAGCGAAACGCCAUGAACAAAGCUUUCUGGAGUGAGAUGGUGGAUUGUUUUAACCAGAUCUCUGAUGACCAGGACUGCAGAGUGGUGGUGUUCUCGGCCGCAGGGAAGGUCUUCACAGCGGGUAUUGACCUGAUGGACAUGGCCGGCGAUAUUCUGCAGCCCGAAGGUGACGACACAGCUCGGAUAUCAUGGAACCUCAAAAAGACCAUCAGCAAGUACCAGAACACAUUUUCAGUUAUUGAGAGGUGUCCAAAGCCAGUUGUAGUUGCAGUACAUGGAGCCUGUGUGGGAGGAGGUGUGGACUUGAUCACCGCCUGUGACAUCCGUCUGUGCACCCAAGAUGCUUGGUUCCAAGUCAAGGAAGUGGAUGUCGGGCUGGCAGCGGAUGUCGGAACGCUGCAGAGGCUCCCAAAAGUCAUCGGCAGCCGCAGUCUUGUGAAUGAGCUGGCUCUUACCGCGAGGAAGAUGUAUGCAGAUGAAGCCUUGAAUAGCGGACUUGUCAGCCGAGUUUUCGCCGACAAGGAGGCCAUGAUGGCGGGCGCACUGGAAAUGGCCGAAGAGGUUGCCGCUCGCAGCCCCGUAGCCGUGCAAGGCACCAAAGUCAACCUGAUCUACUCCCGAGACCACAGCGUAGCGGAGGGACUCAACUACAUGGCGGCGUGGAACAUGAGCAUGCUGCAGACUCAAGAUCUGAUGAAAUCGGCUCAAGCCUCGAUCGAGAAGCAGAAUGUCAAAAGCAUCAAGUUCUCCAAACUGUGAAACGAGCUGACGAUGUUUAAACGUCCAAAGGAACACGAUCAUCAACCUGAAACACAUGCAGUCUCAGAACUUUUGUGGCAAAAAUAAGCUAAAAAGUGCACUUCUGAGAAAUGGCAUUGUAAAAAUACAUUUGUACAUGAUUUUGAAUGUUUAUAUUGAUCUAUUAAAUGCUUCUGAAAUUUGAAAGGGUGGGUUUUUAGACACUGAAGGGUUUCCUCAUGGUCUGAAUGGUUUAGUUGUAUCGGAUGGGAGUUUGAUAUACCUACUCCUAUUGUGGUUAUUAGGUUUUAUUAGGAGAAAGGGACGAACAGGAAAGGUAAUGGGGGGGACAGAAAGGAAGCACAAAUACAUUGGUACACGUCUAUGAACCAUUGUUUUCAUCAACAAUGAUGGAAAUAUUUCAUAAAUAUUUUUUCUAUUACAGGACUAGCUAAAAACGUGUCUUGGGA